AUGACGACAGACGUCCAAUCCCACCCUCGUCAGCUGACUCUUUUACCCAAUCCCUGGCUCCGCUAUCGUUUCGUGGAAAGCAACAGAGGACCAGGUUCUUCGGGCGGAGUCAUUGGGCGACGACACUUGGCAUGGUGGAUCGAUGCAGUUGCAGCAUGGUUAGGGCUCAUGAGGGGUCAUGCUCAACUCAGUCUGGAUGUGAUCCAAAUCAAAUGCUUGUUACUGUUCGCGCGGCAGGCGACUGCAUGGGAAGGGGAUUUAGUUGGCAUGGCCGCGGGGUCCCUUAUUCGAGAAGCCAUGUUGAUGGGACUUCAUCGGGAACCAUCCAAUUUCUCCGAUCUUUCACCCUACUGGGCAGAAAUGCGGAAACGGCUCUGGCUGACGAUUAUAGAAUUGGAACUUCAGGUAUCGUUGUACUGCGGAAUACCAUUGGCGAUAAAUUGGGACGAGUUCGACUGCUCUCUCCCAUCUAACUUAGACGACGAAGAUUUUUCUGUCGAAUCACGCCACCUGCCUUCUUCCAAACCACCUACUACGUUGACUAGAACUUCUUUCCAGAUUGUACUUGCGCAGACCUUACGAACCAGGAUGAGGGUCUCGAAGAUCGUCAAUCGCGUGAGAUUGAGUGAGGGAUAUGAUGAUGUUUUCAAGCUCAGUGAAAGUCUCACUACGGGGCUCUCACAUGCUCCGCCCGAGCUACGAGAUAUCACUAGCACCGGAAACUCUGCUGGAGGUAACGAAUGCUGCCUAGCAUUCCGGAAGUCAUUUUUCCUCUUUCUCCACUACCGAUGUCUUCUCGCUCUUCAUAGACCAUUCUUCCUGAGGCUUGCAGAAACCUUGGGUGAGCCUUUUGUAUUCUCACGAAGAGUUUGUGUACAGACCAGUUUAGCAUUGCUAGCUCAGCUGGAGCAUUCCCCAAGAAGUCUUCCUGACGAGCAGCCCGCUAGUGGCCGUAAUUUUUGCUCCCACGUAUUGCAGCUCAAAGGCGGAAUGUUCCGGGAUGAUGUAUUCCACGCUGCCACGACCAUCUGUUUUGAGCUCCGCUUGCAGGCCAAGGACAGAGUAAUUGAUCCUUUCCCUGGUACUAUUUCAGGGUUCAUGGACCAAAGCGCAUUUUAUCAGCGCCUGGCCCUUUUUGGGAGCGUGGAGAACGCGGUUAAAUAUUUUGAGUUCAAAGUUUGUACGGAGAAACGGGCUACUAAGGCAUUUACUAUCUUGAACAUGCUCUUGACCUCAAUCAAGAGCCAAAUGUUGGCUGCGGAAGGCUUCUCUCGCCUCGACGGAACUUCUGACGGGACAGUCUUAACAAUAGACGAUGCUUGCCCUCUGGCGUCUCGUCGGUGUCGAGAGUUAUUACUGGGAGACGGAACGUCUAAUGCUUCAGGGGCUAACAGAGAGGGACAUCAUGAGCCUCUUCAAUCGGCCGACCACGCAAGCCUUCCAGUACAGGGUCCUGAUUUGGGAACAACCGUGCGACCAGAUUCAUCACACCAUACGAAUGAGUCUAGGAACAGUAUGCAGCCAACGAUUAUGGAGGAGGAUGUCACAGGCGGCAAUCUUUAUCUCCCUGACUCGAAGGUGAUAUUUAUUCCCUUUAGCACAGGACCAUCGGGUGAUGCAAUGAGAAUCGCACAUCAUGGAGCCCUGCGCCUACCGGUGGUUGUGCAAUUGCUGGGGAUACUGUCUCCGGGGUCCUUGGAGCCUCAAUAUCCAAAAUGGGCUCUUUUGCUCCUGGAUUAUAGUAUUGUGGAUAUCGCCGUCGAAUUCCUUUUCAUUGGGGUGUGUUCUCUCGGGGUCAACGAUACGGGAGGCCGCCUUCGGUGCUUUCGAAAGGUCCGGGGCCAGGGCAAGCAACUGGCCGCAUGA